GACGACAAAACGAAAAAUAACGAUGAAUUUCAUUCUUCCCGGGGCCAACGUGAAAAUGUUGGCCCGUGCUGUGAAUUGUUUUUCCAAAAUCGGAAACGAAUUAUUCUUCGAGGCCACUCCGGACGGGCUCGAUUUGAAGACCAUAAACUCGACCAACACGGCCUAUGCGGUCGUUCAGUUUAGGCGCGAUUUUUUCAUCACCUUCCAGCAGGGCAAUUCCGACACACCCGACGAGAACUGCUGCAAGAUAUCGGUGAAACCGAUUCUAAAGAUAUUCAAGAGUCUUGCUACGAUCCAAACGUGCAAAAUCUGGCUAGAAACCAACCAAUCCAAAAUCAUAUUUCAAUUCCGCUGCAAGUCGGACGUGCUGAAGACGCACAAAAUAUAUCUUCUCGAAAGCGAACACAUCAAUUCGCUCAACCUAUCGCAAACGUUUCCCAGCGAAAUUGUGGGCAACCACAAAGUGUUUACCAACAUUCUGGUGCAUCUGUACCAUUCGGUCGAUGAAAUUUCGUUCGAUCUGAACGACAGCAAGACGGUAGUUUCCAACUACGUAGACAACGAUCAAGCCGAUCGUUCCACGUUGCGAUCGACGCUUUCGAUUGAUUCUACUGCGUUUCAAACGUACCAGCUCGCUAGCAAGGCAAAUCUUAUCUUUUGCUACAAAGAAUUUAAAGCAGUGACCAUGUUCGCAGCGCUGAACAAGCUGAACAUAAAAAUGAGCUUCUCCGGGCCCGGUUCACCGUUGAUGUUGGAGAUGAGCAAAGGGGAGAUCGUGCAUGCCAAGUUCAUCAUGGGAACGAUGAAACCUUCCGCCCAGCUUAAUAGCAGACGAGCGAACCGUCGAAAAGCGCUCGAUCGGAGCAUUAACAACCGGUCUGUCGGUGUGGACAGUGAAGCAAUCAACACCUACUUUACCGAAGACAUAAGGAGCAGCAGUAAUACGGAAGCUGCAUUGGAAAACGGAAUUUCACAGGCUGCCGGUAGUAAAACUGUCCGCGAUACAAUGAACACAAGUUUGCCAGCGCUGCGCAACGAAACCGAUUGUAAUACAGUUCGAAACGAACGUUCGCACCGGCCGGUGGAAGCAAACUCAGUUCGACAACGGUCGAAUACAGUCGCACCCAGCCCAAGUGUGGCUCACUCUUCCGAGGCCAUGUUUGGCGAAAAGAAUACGGAAAAUCUUCCUUUUCUGGAAGGAUUAAACUUCCGCACGCCGACCAUUAACAGACUCGAAUCGAUCCCGACCAUGACGACGGAUGACUCGUUCACGCUUAAUGGCAACAACAGCAACCCGCCGCAAGAACCCGUGGAACAGCAGCUGCAGCAACAACAACAACAGGGAUUAUGCUCCGUCAGCAACCUUUCUGCGGUACGAAGUAGUGCGUCAUUGUUUUCCCGAAAACGACCACCGAAUGAUGGUGGAUUAUCACCUGGAAAGGAAAAACCCCCGGUGGAUAGUGUUCCCGAGUCGCCGGAUGUGAUUGCAGAGCGGAAGCGAAAGCAGGCCAAACUCCGACACAUCUUCCGCCGAUGCUUCGAACCAACGUUCAAUCCUGCCUUUCAAGAUGGCUGCAGCCAAAUCUAUGCUCCAAAUUCUGAUACGGAAGACGACGUGGACACGUGA